AUGUUGUCUUCUAGUUCUAGUGCACCUCCCGUGCUCAAUGCUCCGAGAAAAAGUAGCGUGACCGAUGCACCAAGUUCUCAGACAGGAACGCCUGAAGACGGCGUUAUUCCAGCGAGGAGAGAGCAAGCGACGGAAAAAGGUUCGGUGACUCCGCAGGUAGAUAAGCUGAAAGAACCCACCCUGGCGGAGCAGCUGCGGCAAUGCAGCUUGAAGAUCCAGGCGAACUGGAUAAAAACUUCCGAAGCACCAGGAGGCUCACCAAGUCUCGUCGACUACGAGAACCUUGAGAAAAGCGAAGAUUGGCGCGAGUUCUUGCUUUUGGCCGAGCAGCUGAGUGGGGCGGACAACGGCACUACGUCUUGUUCAGAUACGCGAACGACUACUGCUGGUGCAAUAGAAGUUCCGUCGGAAGGAGAAGAUGGCCAAACUACGGAGAAUCUAAAGAACCCUAAGUCUGUCAUGCCAAGGGACGCGACUGAGCGCAAGGUUUUCCUCAUAAACCUCUACAACGUGCUGAUGAUGCACGGGCUGAUUGCGAGGCGGUACCACAAGGGGAACGAACAACUGAUCCACCCACUGCAUGACAAUCGAGAAAUAAUAGAAGAUGCUUGCCAAGAAAUUAGCAAUACAAAUGCAGCACCAGGAGAAGCCUCAGCAGCAGGAUCAGCCCGAUCCAACCCGAAGCACUUCUUCAAAGACACCGCGUAUCUCGUCGACAAUAUUCGGCUCUCCCUCGACGACAUUGAGCACGGGCUUUUACGUGGGAAGGUGCCCUGCAGCGACCCAAACACGCCUGAGGAAUGGAAAGUCGCGAUUGGAGGUACCAGCAAAGUUGUUACCGCUGGCGCGGCCCCCGACGAAGAGGGCCUGAGUAGUUGUGCCCCUCUCGACCCCCGGAUACAUUUUGCGUUGAACUGCGGCGCCCGGGGUUGCCCGAGGAUUCAAGUUUACAGCAAGCAGAACGUCGAAACCGGCUUGAACGCCGCGGCGAAGUCGUUCCUCCGAGCGGAAACGGAGGUGGAAGUGGUGAAAAAUGAAGGAGGAGUAGAUGAAAAUAACUCUGAUCUUUAUCACCUGGAAAUCACUCUUUCUAUGCUAUUCAAGUGGUAUGGGCAAGACUUCGGUGAGACGGAGCUGGAUCGAAUUUCGUUUGUGAAGAAAUUUUUAGAGGAAGACAGCAGCGCAAAAAUUGAAGAAGCGAUUGCGAAGGAGUGGGAGAUACGAUUGAACUAUCGACCCUACGACUGGAGCCUGAAUGUGAAGACAUGAUGGAGAAGGAACUACGUGGAAGUGUAUGCACUACUCUUUUGUAUUCGUGAAAAAAAGGUGUAGUUGAUGGUGAACGAAUCAGCUCACCUGGGUGCUGCGUGACUAUCUACAUGGACGCCGAGUUCAUUUUUUGCGCCCCGGCUAAUCGAUUCCAGUUCGGUACUUCGAUUCUAUCGUUUCCUCACAUCGUAGCACUUACGUGGUCGAAUCGCGAGAAAUUGUCAUAUGAUUUUCGUCAGUCAAGUAAGAAGAAGAAAUCAGACGGAGAAACCCAACAUCUAAAGUGCGCUAUCGUAGAAGGGUCGUUCUUCGUCGUACUUCGUGUCGUAGGAUUAUUUUCUGGGAUCGGUUUGUAGCAGCUUCAGAACCGGAUGCAGCAGACGCACAGUACAUAGUAAUCGUGAACAAUUUCGCUUCUUUGUGUCCGC